GAUCGUCUUCCCAAAGCAAAAAUGAAGUUCACGAUCAUAAGCCAGUGCCUGGCGUUGCUCAUCUUUCUAGACCUUCCCACCCCAAUUCUUCCUGACACUCCAAAUGACACCUAUCUUGAAGAUAUGGAGCCCGAGCCGUUUCUAUACGUUCUAGGACGGAAGAGGUUGAUGGAGGCACAAUACAAGUGCUAUGAUCGAAUGGCACAGUCACCACCAUACGAAGGAGAAGGUCCUUAUUGCAACCGCACCUGGGAUGGAUGGAUGUGCUGGGAUGACACACCAGCUGGUGUGAUGCUCUCUGCAACCUGCCCAGAUUAUUUUCCAGACUUUGAUUCAUCAGAAAAAGUUACGAAAUACUGUGAUGAAAAUGGGGAUUGGUUUAAGCAUCCGGAGAACAAUCAAACCUGGUCCAACUAUACUCUGUGCAAUGCUUUUACUCCUGAGAAGCUGAAGAAUGCGUAUGUUCUGUACUAUCUGGCUAUUGUGGGUCAUUCUUUGUCGAUUUUCACCUUAGUGAUUUCGCUGGGGAUUUUCCUGUACUUUAAGACUCUCGGCUGCCAUCGUGUUACCCUGCACAAGAACAUGUUUCUUACCUACGUUCUGAAUUCUACGAUUAUCAUUAUCCAUCUCGUUGAAGUAGUACCCAACGGAGAGCUGGUGAGAAGGGAUCCGAUAAGCUGCAAGGUUUUGCAUUUUUUUCACCAGUACAUGAUGGCAUGCAAUUAUUUCUGGAUGCUCUGCGAAGGGAUCUAUCUGCACACUCUCAUAGUGGCAUCCGUGUUUACCGAGGCACAACGCUUGUGGUGGUAUUACCUGCUGGGAUGGGGGUUCCCACUGCUGCCAACCACGAUCCAUGCUAUUGCUAGGGCAGUCUACUUCAAUGACAACUGCUGGCUGAGUAUGGAUACUCAUUUGCUUUACAUCAUCCACGGCCCUGUCAUGGCAGCACUGGUGGUGAAUUUCUUCUUUUUGCUCAACAUCGUCCGCGUGCUGGUGAUUAAGAUGAGGCAGAACCGUGAGGCGGAAUCCCACAUGUACCUGAAGGCUGUGCGGGCCACUCUGUUCCUUGUGCCACUGCUGGGCAUCCAGUUUGUGGUCUUUCCCUGGAGGCCAUCCAACAAGGUGCUUGGGAAGAUCUAUGAUUAUCUCAUGCACUCUCUGAUCCAUUUCCAGGGAUUUUUUGUGGCUUCUAUCUACUGCUUCUGGAACAAUGAGGUCCAAACUACCGUGAAGCGCCACUGGGUGCAGUUUAAGAUCGAGUGGAACCAGCGUUGGGGAAGCCGCAACUCCAACCGCCCGGCUUCCAACGCUGGACCGCCCAGCAAUGAUAUCCCUGUUUUUAUCUGCCAUCAGCAGCCGCGAAACGAAGCAGCCACCGAAAAUGGCGAGGAGGGUGCUGAGGUCAUCGCUCUGGAAAUCAUAGAGCAAGAGUCAUCUGCUUAAAUGUGAAGUAACAA